AGAUACCUACAGCCCCGUCAUUGAGGAGUUUUCGAGCGGGAAGUAUUCGAUAGUUUAUCACGGCCUGGUGGACUGCGGCCAACAGUACCAGCCCAUGACAUCAUUUAAAAUUAUCUAAGCGAAAAUACUGAAAGAGAGAGAUGAAUGUUCCAUCAUUGACCGACCUGUCUAUCAAAAAAAUCUGUGAAACAACAGUAUCAGCAUCAUAUUUCAUCGAGCAGUCCCCCUUGCCGUGGACAUUAACAAAAAUAAUAUUAAAAAAAUUUCCUUUAUAUAAAUGGGAAACGAUGAUAAGCAGUGCUAAAAAUGAUCCUAUUCCUUCAUAUAAAGGAAUAGAAUUUAUUGCUUGCUCUAAACACAUACCGUCACAUUUAAGAAAUGUCGUAUUAGGAAAGUCAGAUUGGGGGAGUAUAUUUGAAGAUGAACACUCCAGUUAUUGUGUAUGGGCUAAUGGAUAUUAUCUUAAGCAGCAUCGCCUAAACGUAUGUAAAUCAUGUUUUUUUGCAUUCAAAAAUGCUCAUGAGACCUUAAAUAAAUUUUUACUGGUGCGUUACGACCAUACUCACGAAGUUUAUGAUGCUGAUGAUAUCGUUGAAUGCGUAUAUCAGCAACCAUAUUAUUGGUGCAAUAGUUGUUUUACUCACGUUUUAUUCGAUUUAAAAGAUUACGAGUCUUGCGUUAAUGCAUUACAUGAAAUGCCUAGAAAUAACAGGUUUGAUGAUUCUGAACCAGAAGUCUGAAGUAGGCAGUAAUAUUGAUUCUUUUGAGACGAAUGAUAGUGUCGAAUAUCCAUAAGCUACUAUCUCUCUUUCUCUCUUUUUUUGUAAAUAAUAAAGAUAAUAUAAUGUUAUUUUUCUUUCUGUAUUUUAUUCUAUAAUAAAGAUAUAUGUAAACAUU